AUGAAGGAUCAAUUUGCCCAUUACCAUAAACCUAACCUCAACCUCGUGUGUUUAGCUACUCCGAAAGUGAUUACUCAAAGACAUCUAUACAACAUUCAAAACGUUACAACCUAUUCUGCGAGAGAAACAUAUUCACCAUGUAUUACACGUAAAGAAAGUGUCAAUCAUUUUCUUUUAUUGGAUCAAUGUCACUAUGAGAAUAAAACACAUGUAGAAUUAUGUGGAUUAUCCAACUGUCUAAUUAAUCAUUUGUCAAUUUGCUGUUUAAAUUUUCACUAUUUAUUCGACGCAAACGAUGUCGUAAAUGGAUCAUAUACACUGAACUGA